CGAAAGAACACUACAUAGACUGAAGAAACCCCUUCUGUAAAAGCAUCAUGAUUUCUAGCUCUCUUUGUUUGAGAACCUCAACAUUAAUCCUUCAUCCUGUUCAUCCAGAUCCAAGUAACAACACAAAAUCUUCAAACGUUAUAUCAUGGCUCCCGCUGCAACAGAAGCCCAAUCAGCUCCAGUCGUUAGCCUUAACAAAGGCAACGACAACAACAAGAUCAAGACAGAUUCCACCAGUCAAGAAAAAUGGGUGAAUAGCACUGGCGUUCUAGAUCAGUUUGAGUCCUUUGAUGUUACUCCUGUUAUCGGCCGCGAGUUUCCAGAUGUCGAUUUGGUAGACUGGCUUCAAGCUUCAAAUGCCGAUGAGCUCUUACGUGAGCUUGCUCUUACUAUAUCCCAGCGUGGCGUGGUAUUCUUCCGCAAACAAGACAACCUCACUGCCGAUUUGCAAAAGCAACUCGUGCAACGCAUUGGUCUCCUAGCAGGAAAGCCAUCCACUUCAGGUCUUCACAUUCAUCCACUUCUCAAUCCAGAGAGAGAAGGAUACCGUGUGACAGACCCAGAGAUUAGUACCAUUGAUUCGGUGCUCAACAAGAAACUUUACAGCGACACAAAAUUCGACCGAGCAAAUGGCCUCCAAAAUACUUCCAAAUGGCAUGCAGAUAUUUCUUUCGAGCCGAAGCCUGCCGAUUAUUCUAGUUUGAAAUUAGAGAUACUCCCAAAAACAGGAGGCGACACAUUGUGGGCAAGUGGAUAUGAAAUCUAUGAUCGAAUUUCAAAACCCUACCAAAAGUUCCUCGAGGGUCUGACUGUAACAUUCCAACAACCUGGCUUCAUUGAAGCUGCUCAAAAGGGUGGAUUCGAAUUGUACGAUAAGCCAAGAGGGGCUCCAGAAAAUGUGGGAAAGGAGUUGAAAGCUGUACAUCCAGUAGUGAGAACUAACCCAGUCACUGGAUGGAAAUCUGUUUUUCCAGUUGGAGGUCAUGUUAGUCAUAUCAAUGAUGUUACCCAAUUAGAAAGCGAAGCACUCUUGGGUUGGUUUAAGCGAUUGUUGGUGGACAAUCAUGAUUUGCAGGUGCGAUUCAAGUGGAAGAACCAGAAUGAUCUUGCAAUUUGGGAUAACCGCUCGGUUUUCCAUACGGCCACAGACGAUCUUGAAGGACAGGGUGAAAGGUAUGGUGUCAGAGCUGUUGGCAUUGGAGAAAAGCCAUUUUUAGACCCCGAGAGCAGGUCUAGAAGAGAUGCCCUAGGCAUUUGAUGCAAAUAGUCGCACGAUGGUAUAAUGAAGAACAUGAAUAAAAUGAUCGAUAUAAACCCUUGUAAGCUGUUAUUGGACAAAUUGUAUCCGCCUAUGCCUGUGUCUAGAUAGGUAGAUAUCGUCAUGAAUGUGGUUAUGAACACGGUGAAUGAGUCACUUACCGUCUACUCACGAACAUCUAUAGCGACAUAUAAAGAUAGAACUUAUGGCUCAUAGCAAUUCUUAUUUAUGAAUGUUACAAAAACAUGCGUAGC